GGCGUCAUUGUCCCCCCGUGGACCUGGAGGCAGAGCACAAAGAUGCUUAGGUUAGGCCACUGCAAGCCAGGGUCCUGGGGCAGCUUCUGGGCCAUCCUGACCUUGGUGGGCCUGGUCGCGCGAGCAGCCCAGAGAGCCGAUCUCAGUGGGGAGGCGACGGGCACCUCCAUCAACCACUCCCAGGUGCUGCUGCAUCGCCUGCAGGAGCUGCUGCGGCAGGGCAACGCCAGCGAUGUGGUUCUGCGGGUGCAGGCGGCGGGCACCGACGAGGUCCGGGUCUUCCACGCCCACCGCCUGCUGCUGGGCCUGCACAGCGACCUGUUCCGGGAGCUGCUGAGUAACCAGAGCGAGGUGAUGCUGCAGGAGCCCCGGGACUGCGCCGCUGUCUUCGACAAGUUCCAGGGCCGCCUGGUGGUCCGCCACGCCUACAGCUUCCACCAGAGCAGCGAGGAGGCUGGCGACUUCCUGGCGCACGCCGACCUGCAGCGGCGCAACUCUGAGUACCUGGUGGAGAACGCGCUGCACCUGCACCUCAUCGUCAAGCCGGUCUACCACACCCUCAUCCGGACCCCGGAGUAG